AACUUGGAAAUUUCAGGAAGUUUUCCAAAGGGAAAUGUCUGUAAUACACAUGUUUCUAGUUACAUUCGACUCUAAAGUAUUUAAUUGGCUUUCAUUACCUCUUUAUGUAAUUGAAUUAUAAUAGUUAUGAUUGACUAAAAAUUAUGAAAUUCAUAGCUGCCCUGUCUGUAUGUUUAACCUGUUACUUGGGUUGAGUUUCUUGUUUAUUUACCAGAAUCAACAGUUUGUUUUUAGUUUCUCUUUGGUUGAGUCUCGAGUCAAAAUUGGAUCUAAUUCUGGAAAGUGUUCCUAAUUACCACAGAAAAUAUUUUAGUGCAUCAGUAUUUAAAAACAAGUGCAGUCCUUUAAUCAAUUACAAUUGAAGUGCAUUACACCAGGGUAAACAUUAAAAUGCAAAUGUUUUUUAAAGUAUUGCUACAAAACAUGAAAUGGUUUGUGUUGUUAAUAUGGUAAUAGUGUCAUAUACAAGUUUUCACAUUUUUUUCAGUUUAUCAUUUAUUUGUAGUUCUCUAUGAAAAAUGUAAAAGGCGGUCAGAUUCAAGGCCAAAGAGACCCUUCACAAACCGUUACAUGAAAGUUUGUAGCAGUUUGUUCCUGUCUGGUGUUUAUGGAGGGGGCUCCGCAUUAAGACUAAUAUUGAUAUGUACUAUAUACUCAGUCCAUGUCUCCAUAACUUCAGUUUGGUAGCAGGGUGCAAAAAUGUCUUGCGGGGGAAAAAAUCUUGAAUUAACAAAGGAAAAACAUAUGAGACUGUAUUUACAGUUACUACAAGAAAAAAAAGUACAUGACAGUUUUUCAAAGGAUGAAGUAAACAUUUUAUGAGGUGGUGAUUUUGUAUGAAUUUGUAUCAUGUUAAUCAUGCAAAAACAUUAUAAGUGGAAAAAGUGUGAAGGUCUACGCAGUCUUAAACAUGUCUAAACAGAUUGUGUGAAUUAAUACAAUUUCGCCACCAAUUUGCCAGAAUGUAAAUGUUGUGAGAUUGAUUUUUUUCCCCCGUUAGAAUGCUGCAUCAACAUCUAGGACUGGAAAUAUCCACUUUUUAAUUAGGUCCCGAGCACGCAGUGCGAGGACCCUCUUGGAAUUGCUCCGUUUCUUAUAAUUGAUUAUAAUCAAUAAAGUAAUGCCCAGGGUGCUAUGCUUGCAUAUCCAAAAACCUUCAACUUUUUUCGGCCGGUUUUCCAUUAUUUCAUAAAUUGUCCCUGAUUAUAAUUAUAAAUCAUGGAAAAAUAAUCAAACCGAAUCGCUUUAAUGAUGUUUCACAUAGUUUAAUUACAUCAAUUGUAAUAAAAUGGCAUUGUCUUCUGCAUGACGCACCUCUAUGAUUACGAAAUCCAAUAGAGAAAAAAAGCACCCCGGGCUGCUGAUGGACAUGAAGGCAUGGUGCUGCAGGAGUGGAAAGACUCACUUGUCCGGGUGUGAAGAGGGUGGGCAGUUACCAGAAGAGUUGACAAAACAUUCUAGAGUCCAGCCAGGAACCAUGGGCAUCUGCAGCAAUUACAGCGGUUUAUCUCGGCUCGUCUUCAUUGGCGCUCUGGCCAUCUGCAUGGCUUUUGUGCAGUCAGAAACAGUAGAUGAUUCCUCCCCUACACUGCAGAAUGAUAAUCAGGACACACUAUCUGGCGCUGGAGGCUUCGAUGUGACAACAAAAGUCCCAUUACAAGACCCCAAGGAAAACACCUUCACCUCUGAUUAUGAUCAUACACCCUCAAUAACUCUGGAUGAGGAGGAAGUUGUGCUGGGGCCAGGUGCCAUCACAGCUAUCGUCAUCGCCGUGUUCCUCGGAGCCUCUGUUCUUCUCGCUCUCAUUGUGAUCACGCUCAGAAAGUUCACUGCCUCUUAAGAAGAGACAUUUAUGUUUUCAUUUCCUCCCUUCCUCAAUCCCAUCUCUUCUUUUUACUCUCCUCUGAACUGUAUUUUCAAGUGUCUCGUUGGUGGCAGGUCCUUCGUGGAAUGGAUGCUCUUUGCUGAGACCUGUUUUGUGAUUUCUUACUCCUAUAAAACUCAAGACAGUGAAAACCAGGCUAAGGCUGAACAAAAGGGUGACUGCAAUCAAGAGAAAUUUUGGUUGCAUUUGUUUGGUGACCAUUUAAUCAUUGUUGAUAUCCUCUUGUAACAAGGUUUAGAAUGAAAUAUUUAAAGAAGGUAGAAUUAUUAUAUUAAAGUCACAUUUUAAGAUAGUUUAAUACCUUCCAUGUGCAACUAGUUUUAUUUUGUUUCAAGCUUUAUUCUAAAGUAUACUAAAUUCCAAUGUUCUUGUCAUUCUAGCUGAUUUGUGUUAAAUGAUCAUGUCCUUUAGCGUUUAAGAUCAAGUGUGUGUGUGUGUGUGUGUGUGUGUGUGUGUGUGUGUGUGUGUGUGUGUGUGUGUGUAGUAAGAUAAAUCAGAGUCUUUGAGAGUGAGUGUUUUAAUUGAACUUUUAUACAUAAACUGAUGAAUUUGUCACCUUGUGAUUGGUCACCGAACAGAUAAAAAGACCACGUCUAAUCCUC